AGAAAACAGGGGCGCUCUGGGAAAGAAGCAGGGAGCGCGGAGGAGGACUCGGUUUAAUAAAUGCUGGGAGUUGUAGUCCAACUUUCACGCCGGGUCGCUUUCUAUUGUACGUUUACAGUUUGACGAAACUACAAACCGAGUUGCAACGCUAACACAAUACGGUACGUGGCCUCCCGGGAUUGUAGUUUUAUUCAUGUGAAUAACGCGGUUCAGUUCCACUGGGUGUGGAAUAAAAUAGACUACAUUUCCCUGAGCUGCCAAGUGUUUCGUCGUAAACCCGGAUUGUCCAAUGCAAGAAGGACAUUAUAACCAAGGUGUUGUUAAUCUCCACGAUGGAGACAUCGCAUUCACCGAAUAGCUUGUGAUUUUGCAACAAUACGGAGACAACCGAAACAAUUGUUAUUCAAAGGUAGGCAAUGGAGGAGAAGGAAGCGGCAGUGUCCAUGGUGGACGCCGAAGAAACCAAAGCGGAGUUCAUAUGGACCCUCCAGGCGACGUGGCAUCUGGUCAACACCCGCCUGGAAAUGGACCAGGCUUUUGAACAGCCCGUGUGCAAGAAGAAGAAACUUUGGGAGACGGUGGCCGAGGGUGUCAAUGCCUGUUUGAGGGAAAAGGGAGCAGCCAACAUGGAUGUCAAGGCCCACGAGUGCGACCUGAAAUGGAGGAACAUGCUGACCACCUACAGAAAGAACGCAGAGCGGGCCAAGAGGCUGGGGGAGGCUGCCGUCCAUUGGGAGUUUUUUGGGGCCAUGCACCGAGUCCUGGGGAAAGACGCGCCGGCUGGACGGGGUUCCAAGAUGGACAAGACCAAGGCAAGCAGCAAGAGAUUCACGCCCAUUCUGCCGUCGCCUCCCCCUGCGAUUUCCUCAACAUCAUGUAGUCCGAGGCCGCCGCAGGACGUCCUGCAGCUGUACAUGGAGCUGCAGGAGAGGAAGUUGAGGAUGUGGGCACAGCAGACAGCACUCGAAGAGAGGAAGAUUGAAGCCAUCAACAACCUGGCCCACGCCAUCGCCAGCCUGGCCCAGAAAGAGAAAGAAAGCUCAUAAAGAGACAGAUGGACUCAUGUGGACAUGACACUGCACACAAAACUACUUUACUAAAUAUACUAAAUAAAAAGUAGGAUUUUAUCGCAA